UCAUCAGUUCGUUUCGUCCAUCUGGGUCGCCUUCGGAUUGCCCAGAAAGCUUCACGCCCCGCUGCGGUUCUUCCUGCGAGGCCGAGAAUGCCGCCCGCCUACGGAUCUCGUCUCACCACGUUCGAGGACUCCGAGAAGGAGAGCGAGUACGGAUACGUCCGAAAGGUAUCGGGUCCUGUGGUGGUGGCCGAUGGCAUGGCUGGGGCGGCCAUGUAUGAGUUAGUUCGUGUCGGUCAUGAUAAUCUCAUUGGUGAAAUCAUUCGUCUGGAGGGAGAUUCUGCGACUAUCCAAGUUUAUGAAGAAACAGCUGGUUUGAUGGUCAAUGACCCUGUUCUGAGGACGCAUAAGCCUCUGUCAGUGGAAUUGGGUCCUGGAAUCUUGGGAAACAUUUUUGACGGAAUUCAGAGACCCUUGAAAACUAUUGCCAAAAGAUCUGGUGACGUCUAUAUUCCUCGUGGUGUAUCUGUUCCCGCAUUAGACAAAGACAUACUCUGGGAGUUUCAGCCUAAAAAAAUCGGUGAAGGUGAUCUUUUAACCGGAGGAGACCUAUAUGCUAAUGUCUUCGAGAAUAGUUUAAUGCAACAUCAUGUUGCUCUGCCUCCUGACUCCAUGGGAAAAAUCACUUACAUUGCACCGCCUGGUCAAUAUUCAUUGAAGGAUACAGUGCUAGAACUUGAGUUCCAAGGUGUCAAAAAGCAAUUCACCAUGCUACAGACUUGGCCAGUUCGUACACCUAGACCAGUUGCAUCAAAGCUGGCUGCUGAUACUCCUUUGCUUACUGGUCAGCGUGUGCUUGAUGCACUUUUUCCUUCUGUUCUUGGUGGGACUUGUGCCAUUCCUGGAGCAUUUGGCUGUGGGAAAACUGUGAUUAGUCAAGCUCUUUCAAAGUAUUCUAACUCUGAAGCUGUGGUAUAUGUUGGUUGUGGAGAACGUGGAAAUGAAAUGGCAGAGGUUCUUAUGGAUUUUCCUCAACUAACAAUGACAUUGCCUGAUGGUCGCGAAGAAUCUGUCAUGAAGCGUACUACACUGGUAGCCAAUACAUCUAAUAUGCCAGUGGCAGCUCGCGAGGCGUCAAUUUAUACUGGUAUUACUAUUGCCGAAUACUUCAGGGAUAUGGGCUACAAUGUCAGCAUGAUGGCAGAUUCAACAUCUCGUUGGGCAGAAGCACUGCGUGAAAUCUCUGGACGGCUGGCUGAAAUGCCUGCCGAUAGCGGGUAUCCUGCUUAUCUAGCGGCACGUUUAGCAUCCUUUUAUGAACGAGCUGGGAAGGUGAAAUGUUUGGGUGGGCCAGAGCGGACAGGCAGUGUCACUAUUGUUGGAGCCGUUUCUCCUCCUGGAGGAGAUUUUUCAGAUCCCGUAACAUCUGCAACCCUUAGCAUUGUCCAGGUCUUCUGGGGUCUGGAUAAGAAACUUGCCCAGAGAAAACAUUUUCCUUCUGUGAAUUGGCUCAUUUCUUACUCAAAGUAUUCAACGGCAUUGGAAUCAUUCUACGAGCAAUUUGAUCCAGAUUUUAUCAACAUCAGGACAAAGGCUCGUGAGGUGCUUCAGAGAGAAGAUGAUUUGAACGAAAUUGUGCAGCUCGUGGGCAAAGAUGCUUUAGCAGAAGCAGAUAAAAUUACACUGGAAACUGCGAAGCUCUUGAGGGAAGAUUAUCUUGCUCAGAAUGCUUUUACUCCAUAUGAUAAAUUUUGCCCCUUUUACAAGUCCGUUUGGAUGAUGCGCAAUAUCAUCCAUUUCUAUAAUCUGGCCAACCAGGCUGUGGAGAGAGCUGCUGGUAUGGAUGGUCAGAAGAUAACUUACACCCUCAUCAAGCAUCGGCUGGGAGAUCUCUUCUACCGUUUGGUGUCCCAGAAAUUUGAGGAUCCAGCUGAAGGAGAAGAAGCUCUGGUUGCAAAAUUCAAGAAGCUUCAUGAGGAUCUAACUGCUGGUUUCCGCAAUCUAGAGGAUGAAACACGCUGAGCCAAAAGUUCAAUGCUGAAGAUUUUCAUCGAUCAUCAGGCCAAUGGUUCUGGCGGCUGCGCUGAUGAAGCUCACUUGCCCCUCUUGGUUCUGCAUCAGAAUCAAGAGUGUCCAUAGAUAAAGAUUGCCAGCCCCAGCCUUAGGCUAUCAUUUUUAUUAUGGUCGGAUGUACACAAUAAGAUGCAAGCCAUUCUGUCUCUUCUGGGACAUCUGGUGAGAAAAAGAUGCUGAAUGGUCUGUGCUUAUUUAAUGUGGUUUGACCAAUGUUUCCUUGUGUUUACGAAAGAUAAUAGGUUUGGUGUGAGCUUGAGACGAGGCUUAACAGAUAUGGAAAGCAGUGGUGUUCUUAAUAAAUAUGGGGAAUGUCUCUUGUCUUGUGUUUCUAA